AGAGUUUAAUUAUUCAACUUCUCCGUUCUCAGUUCAAGAAGCAAUCAACAGUGACAAACAAAAAAAAUACAAGAGAGCAACGAAAAUAAAAAGGACAAUAUGCUCUCCUACCUCGCAACGCUUUGCCUCAUUCUGUUCGGCGCUCUCGCCGCAGCGGUCACCAACACCGGCACCGGCACGGGAACGCCAGGGCUGGCCCGGCGCGAGGUCUCCCCCGACAACACGUGCGGCGGCGAGACGGGCUACACGUGCCCGGGCGAGCUGGCCUGCUGCUCGCAGCACGGCUACUGCGGCUCGACCGACGAGUUCUGCCUGUCGACUGCCGGCUGCCAGGCCGACUUCUCCAACUCGACCGACGCCUGCCACGAGCCCAUCCCCGGCGAAAGCUUCUCGAUCGACGGCACCUGCGGCACCGAGGGCGCCGGCACCGAGGGCUACCGCUGUCCCGCCAACGCCACCAUCACCAGUUGCUGCAGCGCCGCGUGAGUCUUCUUUUUCCUUUUUU